AUGGAAAACAUGUCAGAGGAAACCCACGGCGAAAUGACGGAUCCACAGCACGUCCACCUAAGGUAAGGAGAAAAAAACGGUUCAAGGGGUCCCUGUGUGAAGGUGUUUCUAUAAAACCGCGCCUCAACCUUUUUCUUUCUGCUCCUUUUCAUUCACAUGAAAAUUUUUCCUUGUUUGUAUUGAAUGUGUCAUAUACUAACAGACUGAAAUAAAGUAUGUACACAGCGCCCUAACUUUAUUGAAAUGAAGUCAUGUGUUUGGAGGUUAAGGCUCUGUUUGUGUAGAUACCAACAGUUUGGGUCGGGUCAGAACUGCUGACAUUCAUACAGCUCAUUCAGACGACUCAGAGAAUGAGAGUAUUUGGAAUUUUCCAAUAUUUAUCAUGUCUCAGAUUUGUGCACAUCAGUUUGUGAAUGACAGAUAUUGUACAGAAAGACUUAGCUUUCAGACCCUUUACAACAAGAUCUUCAGUGCUUCUCAUCUUUUUCUUUUAGCUUCCCAUCUGAAAGCUCUGUGGAGGAAAUGGCUCAAGACAGACCAGAUCAAGAUGAGACAGAGAAAACGGAGAUUGAUAACAGCAUCAUACAGAGACUUCAAGACAGACCAGAUCAAGAUGAGACAGAGAAAAAGGAGAUUGAUAACCGAAUCAUACAGAGACUUCAAUCUGGCUGGAUAGGCACUCUUCAUGUCGUUUUCCUGGUGCUGCUUUUAGUCCUAAUCACUGUCAUUGUUGGCCUGAGCAUCAAUGUUAAGCAGUUACAGAAAGAAAGGAGUCAGCUGAGACAGCUUCUAGAAUCAACACACAUGGGACUGAACCACACCAUGGAAGUAAAUCAAAAAGUGAGCCAGAGUCUGAACUUCACCGUGGAAGAAAAUCAAAAACUGAGGCUGAGUCUGAACUACACCAUGGAAGAGAAUCUGAACCUGAGCCUGAGUCUGAACAACACCAUGGAAGAAAAUCAGAAAUUGAGCAGAAGACUAAACUACACCAUGGAAGAUAAUCAGAAAUUGAGCCUGAGUCUGAACUACACCAUGGAAGAUAAUCUGAAACUGAGCCGAAGACUCAACCACACCAAGGAAGAAAAUCAAAAACUGAGCCUGAGUCUGAGCUACUCCAUGGAAGAAAAUCAGAGACUGAGCCGAAGACUAAACCACACCAUGGAAGUAAAUCAAAAAGUGAGCCAGAGUCUGAACUUCACCGUGGAAGAAAAUCAAAAACUGAGGCUGAGUCUGAACUACACCAUGGAGGAGAAUCUGAACCUGAGCCUGAGUCUGAACAACACCAUGGAAGAAAAUCAGAAAUUGAGCAGAAGACUAAACUACACUAUGGAAGAAAAUCAGAAAUUGAGCCUGAGUCUGAACUACACCAUGGAAGAGAAUCUGAACCUGAGCCUGAGUCUGAACAACACCAUGGAAGAAAAUCAAAAACUGAGGCUGAGUCUGAACUACACCAUGGAAGAGAAUCUGAAUCUGAGCCAAAGAUUAAACCACACCAAGGAAGAAAAUCAAAAACUGAGGCUGAGUCUGAACUACACCAUGGAAGAGAAUCUGAACCUGAGCCUGAGUCUGAACAGCACCAAGGAAGAAAAUCAAAAACUGAGCCUGAGUCUGAGCUACUCCAUGGAAGAAAAUCAGAGACUGAGCCGAAGACUUAACCACACCAUGGCAGAAAAGUCACAGCUUCAAGUGCAGAUUGAGGAGAUGAAAAUCAUAUUGAAUUCUACUAUGGAAAACCGUGACUCUUUCAGAAAAGACAAAAUCAAAUAUCAACAGCUUUUGAUCAAUGAAAGGCAGACCUCAACUCAACUAAAAGCUGAAAAUCAACGUCAACAAUCAAUUCUGAUGUCGGAGAAACUAUCUUUCCUCUGGAGAUUCUGUGAUAAAGGCACCCUGCAAUGUUCACGCUGCCUUCCUGGUUGGGCUGAGCACGCCACACGCUGCUUCCAUUUGGCAUCACAACCAAUGAAGUGGGAAGAUGCUCGUAGGGAGUGUUUUAAUGAAGGUGCUGACCUGGCUGUUGUCUUGAAUGCUGCAGACCAGGCAUUUCUGACCAACAUGACUUUCCAGUUUACACAGCAGCAUCCAAAUGUACUGUUCCAUUCAGCAUGGAUCGGGUUGCAGGACAUGGUGCAGGAUAACAGAUUUGUGUGGGUAAAUGGUAUCAAGUCCAAGUCAGAUUUGAAGUUCUGGAUGCCUGGAGAGCCAAACAAUGCUGCGGCUCAAUGGGACAAAGACCGUGCAGGACAGGACUGUGUUGUCAUUGUCCCUCCAAAGACUGUUGGACAGAAAGGCUGGCUGAACUCCUGGGAUGAUGUUGUCUGUCGAGGCCAGCGGCACUACAUUUGUGAAACCAAAGCUCUUAUUUUGUCUGGAGUAAAAACUGAGGAAUGA